AUGGACAGAGAGGAGAUGAAGAUGGUCAUCUUGGGGCAAGAACGAACAUUCAGACAACAGGUUCAUGAGAUGCACCGAGUUUACCAUGUUCAGAAACAACUGAUGAGGGAGAUGCAGUUAGCUGGGCUGAACCAGGCUCACGCUGAGACGAAAAAUAAACUUGAGGUCUGGCGCGACGACAAGGCUACCGACCGUCAGCAACUCUACAGCUUCUCAAACAGCUGCACCCAUGCCUCUGCUGCAGAAGAAUGCGACCUCGAGCUCACUCUGGCAACCGGGAGCAGCAGAAGCCACAAGGGCAAGCAAGUCGGCAAGUCCUCAAACUCAGACUCCGGGAUGGCGGUGUCGUCAACAUCGACCGAAUCCGAUCUGGCUCAGUUCAAGGAGUUUGACACAAGGGUGGUGAGGCUUCAGAUCGAGAGCAAGAGGUUUACCAUUGCCGAUGAGACGAAUCGGUCUCCUUGGCCGCACCAGCCUGUGAUCCUUAGGGUGGCACGGUGA